AUGACUUCGUUCACGUUGUACCAUCAUCUUGGGCCCACGGUUGCGGCUGUAGUGUGUCAAAGUGCCCCUUUCCCGGAGAAGUUUCCCGGCCCUCUACUGGCAAGAGUCACCCGUGUUUAUUAUUCUUACUAUCGAAGUGCGGGUCAACUGGAGCUAAAGACCAGAGAACUUCAUGACACUUACGGAAGCAUAGUACGGAUCGCUCCGAAUGAGCUCAGCUUCACCGGAGGAACUUCUUGGGAUGACAUUUAUGGUCUCAAAUCCAAACGACGCCCUUGGGACCGACUCCAAAAGGAACCUUUCUUUUACAUGGGAGCCAUAGCUCCUAACGGAGAGAAAAAUCUCGGAGCGAGCUCCGACGGCGACCACGUUCGGAUUCGUGGUGUCCUGGCACAUGCAUUCUCUGAGAAGGCCCUAUAUUCUCAAGAAGACGUGCUCAGACAUCAUGCAGAUCGUAUGGUGCAUCGCAUAAGUAGCUUAUCUGGGUCACCUACCGAUGCCGUACGCUGGUUACACCAUUGCACCUACGAUGUCAUAUCUGACCUUGCACUCGGUAUCAGCGCUGACACGCUGGAGUGCAAUGAUUGGAGUCCACAAGCACACCUAAUGUUCGAGGGUAUCAAGGAAGGAGUCACAGUAAUCGAAGUUCUGCGUUUCAUGCCCUUCAGGAAUCAAAUGAUGCGUCUGCUAAUGUCAAUCUUUGGUCAAGCACGUCGCAAGGCCUUUGAUGCAGCUGUGGAGAAGGCUACGUUACGGAUGGCCAAAAACAACUGGGAGAGGCCUGACUUCAUGUCUUACAUCAUGAAAGCAAACGAAACCAGUAGGGAGCUUACGGUUUCUGAGAUUACCGCCAACGUUGCCCUACUUCUGGACGUUGGAUCAGAGACCACAGCAUCCUUGCUUGCAGGCAGUCUGUUCUAUUUGACCAAACAUCCAGCUAUCUUGACCAAAUUGACGAGUCUCGUGCGGGAAGAGUUUGAAGAGGAGUCCCUCAUCGACUCCAAGAGCCUCAGCAGACUACCAUAUCUAACUGCAGUGUUACGAGAGACCCUGCGCGUAUAUCCACCUGUAGCAGGAGCCACACCUCGUGUUACCCCUCCACAGGGGUUUCCAAUUGACGGCAGGUUUGUACCUGGCAAUGUGAGCGUUGCCAUCAACCAUUACGCCACAUACCGUGAUGUUAACAACUUCAAAAAUCCUGACAAGUUCGACCCGGAGCGAUGGCUAGAGAAAGGCUAUCUUAAAAAUCACCAGCAUGAAAUUUUCCAGCCGUUCUCUCACGGUGCCCGAAAUUGCCUGGGCCGCAACCUUGCAUGGGCAGAGAUGCGUCUCUUCAUUGGACUGUUACUAUGGAAUUUUGAUUUGGAAUUGACCACUGCGUCGAAAAACUGGAAUGUUCAACGUUCGUGGUUCAUUUGGGACAAGCCAGAUUUGAUGAUACGGUUUCACGAGCGCGCUAGAUAA